CUGAAUUUUUUCAUAUGAAUUUUAUGAAUAAUAUUUAUUUGUUAAAUUAUUAAUUUAAUUGUGAAGUCUCUGAAAUGCUGAUAAUCACAACCUAACGUUAAUCCAUCUACAUUUUUGAAGUUGUGUUAAACAGUAUUAUAAGAUACGAGUAGAAGAUUUCUAGUUGAAUUCCGGCAAUAAUAAGAAAAUGAUCCGCAACUUCAUUAACUUCACACAUAAGUACAAAAUCGUGCGUGGCAUGAUAUCGUAUGGAUUGCUGUGGCCUUGUGGUUGCCUAAUCGAACAGACCAUAAUUGAAAAGCGAACAUUCCGUAAUUAUGACUGGAAGAAAUGUCUCAGAUUCAGUUUAUUUGGUGCCUUAUUUAUGGGACCAACAAUUUAUGUAUGGAUACGUUUGGCCAGUGUGAUGUGGCCACGCACCGAUAUCAAGUCGUCACUUUGCAAAGCUAUUACCGAGCAGGCAGCAUAUGAUCCAUUCGCAAUUAGUUCGUUCCUCUUCUGCACAACACUGAUGGAGGACAGAACGUACAAAGAAGCUAAGCAGGAGGUUAGCAAUAAAUUCUUCGACGCAUACAAAGUUGGCGUAAUUUAUUGGCCAUGUAUGCAAACUGUAAAUUUUGCAUUCGUGCCACUACGGAAUCAGGUCGUCUUUACAUCAUUCUUCAGUAUGUGCUGGACAACGUUCCUAACAUAUAUUAAAUAUAUAGAAAUACCGCAUGUGGAUCUGGAUCAUCACGCGGUCGAUAUACAUUUUCUGGAUCUCUAAUCGAUUACUGACACUCAUAAUGGAAUUGAAAAAUUGAAUUCCACGAAAUCAUCCAUAGCCAUAAUGUUCUCGUAUGGAAUGAUGCAUGAAGAAGAGAUUAAGCUUCAUAAAGUUGAAAUUGUUGUGCAUAAUUAGCAGCGAGUGCUGUGAGCUGCAAUUGUUUUGUAAUUAAAAAAUACGCAGACUAAAUUUAACAAAUAAAUUCAUUUAUAAUUACAAAAGUACAAAAUAUAU